GAUAGGCAUUUUCGUUGCACACGUGUAGUUGACCUAGAUAACGUCAAUCCUGUGGGUAAAGGAAGAAUGAGACUAAAAGGCAUUUUAGAGUUGUGAAAGUGAUUCACCUGUGUCGAUCGCUGAGUGAAUGCUAUGUCUUGGUUCCCAGAGAAGAAGUCGGGACAGAGCUGGAUACACAGGGUGUGUCAAAGAAUACUUAAGACAGGCCCCAUACCAAAGCAUGUAGCCUUCAUUAUGGACGGCAACAGGAGGUUUGCUGUGAAGAACCACAUGGAGAGGGCCGAGGGGCACUUCAAGGGAUUUGAUAAACUGUCAGAGACUUUGGAGUGGUGUCUUGAUAUAGGGAUAACAGAGGUUACUGUUUAUGCCUUCAGUAUAGAAAACUUCAAGAGGUCAAAAGACGAGGUAGACUGUCUGAUGGAACUUGCCAGGCAAAAAUUUACCCGCCUCAUGCAGGAAAAGGAGCUGAUACAGAAACAUCAGGUUUGUGUACGUGUCCUUGGUAACCUAACUUUGCUGCCAUUGGAUAUCCAGGAGCAGAUUGCAGAAUGUGUUCACUUCUCCAAGGACAAUAAAAGGGCUGUGCUAAAUGUGUGUUUUGCCUACACUUCUCGUGAUGAAAUAUGUGCAGCCAUGCGUGAAAUGGCAGAAGGUGUUCAGCUUGGCCUCAUCAAAGAGAGUGAUAUUUCAGAAGAUCUGAUGGAGAAGUGUUUGUUUACAUCUCAGUCCCCUAACCCAGACCUCCUCAUUAGAACCUCGGGAGAGGUCCGACUGAGUGAUUUUCUCCUCUGGCAGACUAGUUACAGUUGUCUUUCGUUUGUUGAUGUUUUAUGGCCAGAAUUCAGUAUAUGGCAUUUAUAUGGUGCUAUUCUUCAUUAUCAAAGGAACUAUGCAGCAAUUAAGCAUGCUGUAGAGUUGGAUCUGUCAGACAGAGAGAGACAACAGAGGGAAUCUGACUAUAACUGUGUAUUAUCUGAGUGUGAAUCUGGAGACCAAUCCACAAACUCCUUGUCAGACCAAGUUUUACAAUACGCCAAACUUAGAGAGACAAGAAUAGAACAGUUCCUGCAUCAUGUGAAUUCCAAGAGACUUCAUUACUUUGAGGAAUUGGCCAGUAGACAUAAAACAGUCCAUGUUUGACAGGAAAAACUGUAGAGAGACAUAUCUAAAUGCUAGUAGAUAACACUGAUUAUUUAUGAAAGAGCAAAUCAUCAUCAUCUGGAUAUUUAUGAAAUAUUAGCACAAAAGUUGUUCAUUGCAAUGCAAUAUUUUUGAAAGGGCAUUUUAACUUUAUACAUGUUAUUAUCCAAGCAUGAAGGUAAUUUUAGUUGGGGACAGUCUGAAGUUGGAAAGGUUUCUAAAUUUUGCAGAAGUUGCAGACCUUGACAGCUAAAAAAUUAGAUUAUUCUGUAUCUUUCUAGUUUUUGAACAUUGAAAAACAUUGUUAGGGCACAUUGUAUUAGGUUGCAACCAUACAAAAUAUAUUGUGACAAAUUGAAAAAAAAAAUGAAAUUUUAAAAUAAUGCCAUUAAAGUAUUUGCCAAUUAGUAAAUUAACAGCAAAUUCAUAUCAACAUUUGCCGUCAACCAUUGCCAAAUUCAGCAACUUUGGACUUUUCCUUGACUGUUGUGACAUUGUCAUUUGCUUUGAUCAGUUCAUUGUAUUUUAGUAUUAGAGCAAAUUAUGAAUUAUGUCAAAUAAAUAUGUAUGUAAAAGAAAAACUGCUAUUAAUAUUUAAUUAGCAAAUGGUCUCCUAGCAAUAAUGAUGGCAUUGUCAGUAUGGAAAUGGAUAGAGGAAGUAAAGUAAUGAAUAUUCAUAAAUAGAGUAAUGAAUAUUCAUUAGUUGAAUUGUUUUUAAAGUCUGUAAUUAUUCUAAGGAAUAUCAGUUUCAAGCUGUCAAUAUUGAUUUUGUAUGAUCAGUUAAUGCUUUAAAGAAAUGAAAUAAAUGUUUAAAUUAA